AUGUCACAAGCUGGACCGUCGAAUUAUCAACAAAGUGAGGAUUCUCACAUAUGUCAAAGAUGUCAUCAGCCAUUGAUCCUCGAUCCAUCAAUACAAAACCUCACUUCUUCACAAUACAAUUUAAUCACAUCAGCGUUACCUUCUUCUCCAUAUUCAGAAUCGCAAUUACCCGUAUCAAGUACCAACAAAUUAGCUUCGUUACCACCUUCAUCAAGGGAAGCAGCUAAAAUAUGGUCAGAAUCAAAUCACAUUCCCUUCAAUUCAUCAUCUACAACUUCCACUAACAAGGGAGUGGCAGAAUCGUUUAUCCUGUUAUCUGAUUCUUCAUUAUUGCCUCCCCCGCAUUCUCAUUCUCAUUCACAUUCUCAUUCGAAUCCAUCACAUCCGUAUACGAAUCCCACAAGAUCGCAAACACAAACACAAACACAAACACAGUCGCAGAUACCUCAAAACACAAAUACAAAUCUAGUUAAUCAACUGCAUUCAAUAUUAUCUUCCAACACACCCAUAUCACAUCCAUUAUGUACUGAAUGCACUGCACUGCUAACUUCUGAAUUCCAGAAAUUAGCCGAAGAAUUAACUAAAGAGAGAGAUGCAUACAUCAAUUUCGAAAAGAAUAUUCAAAGAAAUAGGGAUAACCAAAAAUCAAACGGUAAUAACAACACCUCAAAAAACAAUAGGAAGAGUACAGAUGUGAAUGAUGAUAAUCUGAAAGAUGAUGUUUCAAGACCAGGAUUGGGACCAGAGUCAGAAGAAGGAUUGGGCGAAUUUGAUAUCGAAGGAAAUGAAGAUGAAUGGGAUGAAUUGAUCAAACGUAAAUCUCAAUUGGAAGAAGAAGAAAUCAAAUUGAAAUUGAUAUUAGAACAAAAAGAAUUCGAAUUGAACAAAGUCAAAUUAGAGGAGGAACAAGUCAAAAAAGAUGAACAAGAUAUUGAACGUGAAGAGACUGAAUACUUGCUUGAACACGCAUCCCUCUCAACCCAUCUAUCUCACUUGAAAUCUGAAUUGUCGACCGCUCAAACCCAUUUAUUGUUAUCUCGUUCAUUACUCUCGCAUCUUGAAUCGACCAACGUAUAUAACGACGCAUUUCAAAUUGGACAUGUACCACUUGAUCCUUCAUCUGGAAAUGGAAUAACGGUAGGAACGAUAAAUGGUUUAAGAUUAGGUGGUAGACCUACUGUUGAUUGGGAAGAAAUCAAUGCUGCUUGGGGUUUAACAGCUUUAUGUUUAGAUAGAAUUGCUGAUAAAGUUGGUUACACCUUUAUCUCAUACAAGAUCGUCCCACUAGGCUCAUAUUCACGUAUAGAGGAAUUACCACCCGCAAAAGGUGUAUACGAAUUGUAUGCCUCAUCAGAUUUAUCGCCUGCUAGAUUACUACAAAAUAGAAGAUUCAAUCAUGCCAUGGUAGCCAUACUGGAUUGUCUAAAACAAUUGAUUGAAUACGGUAAGAAAGCAAAUAAAGGUUGGGCGAACAACAACAUUGAGAUAUACAAAGACAAGAUAUCAGGACACUCGAUAAAAUUACCUGGUAUAUCGUCAAUGCCACUUACUUUACCUUCAAUGUCAAUAAUGGGUUUAGGAUCUUCUUCUUCUUCUUCUUCCACGGCAAAUCCUUCUUCUUCAUCCACGGCGUAUAAAGAUAAAUCGGAUAACGAUUCCACGGCUGAAGAAGGCUGGACGAAAGCUUGUCGUGCGGUCUUGGUAGUGCUUAAAAGGGUCUUGAUGGUUGAAAGUCAAAUGGACAGGGGUGCGGUAGGACGAUGA